UGCAACAAAUACCAGAUUUCUUGAAUGCAAUAUUUUCUAGUCAUUGAUUUUUUUAAAUUAUUGGUAUAAAUUCUCCCUUUGUUUAGUUCUUUAUUUCAUUAAAUUAUUAAGGUAGUCUGUGUUGACAAAUUUCUUCUGCUUCUCCUCUUUUCGAUUUAGGCGUUGAAGCACCAUGAACCAAAACAAUUAUAGUUCUCUACAUGGUUUUAUUCUGCUUGGCUUCUCUGAUCAUCCCAAACUGGAGAUGGUCCUGUCAGGAGUUGUCACCAUCUUCUACUUAAUUACAUUGGUGGGUAACACAGCCAUCAUUGUUGCAUCUCUCCUGGAUUCCCAUCUGCACACACCAAUGUAUUUUCUUCUCAGGAAUUUAUCUUUUCUAGAUCUGUGCUUUACUACCAGCAUCAUACCUCAGAUGCUGGUUAACUUGUGGGGCCCUGAUAAGACCAUCAGCUAUGUGGGUUGUGUCAUUCAACUCUAUGUUCAAAUGUGGUUGGGUUCCAUUGAGUGCCUUCUCCUGGCUGUCAUGUCCUAUGAUCGUUUUACAGCUAUUUGUAAACCCUUGCAUUAUUUGGUAAUCAUGAACCCACAUCUUUGUCUCAAGAUGAUCAUCAUGGUUUGGGGUAUUAGUUUGGCCUGUUCCGUAGUAUUAUGUACACUCACACUGAAUUUACCUAGAUGUGGAAACAACCUUCUAGAUCAUUUUUUGUGUGAGUUGCCAGCUCUGGUCAAAAUAGCUUGUAUAGAUACCACAACUUUUGAACUGUCUGUUUUUGCUUUAGGAAUUGUCGUUGUCCUUACACCCCUCCUCCUUAUUCUUAUAUCCUAUGGUUACAUUGCACAAGCUGUGCUGAGAAUGAAGUCCAAAGCUGGCCAACGAAAAGCAAUUAAUACCUGUGGAUCUCAUCUCACUGUGGUGUCCAUCUUCUAUGGAACCAUCAUCUACAUGUACCUUCAGCCAGGUAACAGUGCCUCCAAAGACCAUGGCAAGUUCCUCACCCUCUUUUACACCAUCAUCACUCCAAGUCUGAACCCCCUCAUCUACACCUUGAGGAAUAAGGACAUGAAGGAUGCACUAAAGAAGUUGGUGAGGGUUGCGUAUGAGUCUACAAAAAUGAAGAGGAAACGGAAAUCGUAGAAAAAUGUUAGAAUAAAUAAGGCACUGCAAUACAUUUUCUAAGUAUCUUUAGUUUUUGCUGAGGCAAGUAAUCCCUAGGUCAUAGAGAUCAGUUAAUAUAAAAAAUCCUGUGUGGAAAACCUUUGUAGUUAAAAACAAUAUUAUACUUAUUCUACUUAGGUCUUUACACUGUAAUUAUUGGCAUAUCUUCAGAGAGAACAGGUCACUAGGAAUUUUUAGUUUUGCAUGAAAUAUAAUACAAAGAAGAUGUAAAUAUAAACUUGAAUACACUAAAUGAAUUCUCAAGCCCUGUGGAAACUGUUUUGGUCAUCUAGUUUUGUAUUUUCAGUGUUCAUGUUUGGAUCUUCACUAAUACAGACAUUAAUGAAUGAUUUCAUAUGCACUAUGAUUUGUAUAUUAAAUAGUGAUAUGCAAGCAAUGAUUUUGUGUGUUCAAUAUUUUGUGAAACCAUCCAGGCAUAUUUUGUGUAUUUGGUGUGGGACAAUGCAAUUUAUACGGUAGUGAUUUUCAUAAGCACCACAUGAAACAAUUUACUCUUUGUUCAGUGGAACUUCGUAUCAGAAUUUUGAGUAAAAAGUCUUUGUUAUUCAAGUGAAUUUUUUCUUAAACAUGAUACACUGGAGAGAUGAUCUAAAUACAAGGGAUUUAAAGGUGACGAUACAAUCUUAUUCAUUAAUUCUUCAUUCAUGAAACAUAUAUCCCAUGACAAUCUGAAUUUGAAUGGAAAGAGAAUAUAACCAAU